UUUCUGCUGGCCGCCCUCGGGGGCAACUCCUUGCCCAGCGCCAAAGACAUCAAGAAGAUCCUGGACAGCAUGGGCAUCGAGGCGGAUGACGACCGGCUGAACAAGGUCAUCAGUGAGCUGAACGGGAAGAAGAUUGAGGACGUGAUCGCGCAGGGUAUUGGCAAGCUGGCGAGUGUGCCCGCCGGCACGGCUGUGGCCGUCUCUGCCACCCCGGGCUCCGUGGCCCCUGCUGCCAGAUCAGCGCCCACCACCUGA